ACAAAGAGGAGGGAAAAAGAAGAUCCACUUCGCUCUCAAAGGAUUCAAGCGCCUCUCUCCCGAUCCCAAAUCCCCCCCUCUCUGAAUUCUUUAUUGUAGAUUGUAGUUUUUCAAACCCUCAGAUCUGUUAAAUUUGUUGUUAAAAUCUCACUUCUCUAACCAUUUCAAUGGCUGAAACCCUAAGCCCUAAUCCCACGACUGCACAGAAGCAGAGAAUCGCCAUGGCCUCUCGCCUCCAAUCCCCAACCAGCACCUUCUUCUUGGGCUCCAACAACGACCAACUCGAACGCGCCCAGGCCCGCGCCGCCCGCGCUGCCGCCAUCCGCCGCAAAACCGCCCUCGCCUCUCCUCCGCCUGCUCCCGACCCCUGUCUCGACAAACAACAAAUUCUCGAGUUGUUCCAAAACUGCAUCAAACUCGCUAGCGAGAAUAAAAUUAAUCAGAAGAAUACAUGGGAGCUGAGUUUGAUUGAUCACCUCUGUGAUAUUAUUAAGGUGGAAGACGAGGAUGAUAUGGAGACCAACUUUCAAAAGGCAAGUUGCACGUUGGAAGCCGGAGUUAAAAUUUACUCGAUGAGGGUGGAUUCAGUGCAUUCAGAGGCAUACAAGGUUCUUGGAGGGAUUACUCGAGUCGGUCAACAAAAUGAACCAGAUAAUGUGAUGGAAGAUGCCAAUGUUAGCAACGGGCAAGAGGAAGGCAAUUCUAAAAAAGAGCAAGAGAGGAAGGUGUCACCUUUAUCCACAUUGGAAUCAUCAUUUGAGGCUCUUAAUGUUAAGAAAUUUGAUGUUGCUUUUGCUGUGGAUCCUCUCUAUCAUCAAACAUCUGCACAGUUUGAUGAAGGAGGGGCCAAGGGCCUCUUGCUGAAUAAUCUUGGAGUAUACGGUGGCUGUCAGGUGCUUUUUGAUUCAUUGGAAGUGCCAGGGAAGUUUAUGUCUUGUGCAAAUCAGCAUGACAAAUUAGACACAAUUGAUCUUUCUUUUGCUAAAGAACACAUUGAACAGAUGGUGUUCAACAUGCACAAGAAGGAUGAAAUUUCUCCAACUCUCAGGAAUAUAGUCAAUUUAUUUGAUGAAAGUAGCCAAAGACCAUCAGAUACAUUUUCUUCUGGACUGAAAUCAGCAGAGCAAGUUCAUGAAACUAUUAGUGGAAAUAAUGCUGAGUUGGACGAUAAUGCAUUUGAUAAUUGUGGGACCUGGGCCUUUGAUCAUGACGACCAAACAAGUGUGGUUGGUGAAGAUACUUUUGGUGGAGAUCCAAUUUCACCAAUUUAUCGCGAGGAAAAUCAACCAUUUGUUUUUCAUGAGCCUGAUAUAGAUGACAGGUUUGAUAAAGUUGACGGGUACUUGUUUUUAAGUUUAGGAUUUACUUCAAAACAAAAUGCCUGGGCAGGCCCCGAUCAUUGGAAGUAUCGAAAAGUAAAAGGUUCAGAGGAUCUUGCCACAGAAAAUGGAUCACCUUUAGCAGCUAAGAAGCCAAGGAACAAAAAACAAGCAGAACUUGAUAUUGAUUUCACAAAAGCCUUGGACAAUGAGAUUUCAGAUGUCUUUGCUCCACCUAAGAAUCCCAAUUCAUUACUGCUGCCAGCAAAAAGAGAGUCAUGUAAUAAAACACUUCCAGAAGAUUGCCAUUAUCAACCAGAGGAUCUUGUCAAGUUAUUUCUUCUACCUAAUGUCAUGUGCCUUGGGAGGAGAGGAAGAAAGUCUUCAGAGGAAUGGAAUCAACAAAGAGAUGAUGACAGACCAUUGCCGUCAUGGGAUGAUGAAAAUUUGUAUGGUGGUCAAUAUGAUGAUGGAGAUGUUCAUAGUGAUGUGGAGGAUUCAAACACACUCGUCUCUCAGCCUCGUCAGGUAAAUAAGAUCGAAGUACAAUACGACAGAACUUCUAAACAAGUUGAUGUCCAGGCACUGAAAGAAACUCUGUGGGACCAUAUACAAGAAUCUACUCAAAUGUCUAUUCAGGGGCAGAAAGAAAUGGUAUCUUUCAAGUACAUCUUGGCCAGCUUUCCGGAAGACUGCAGGGCAGCUGCAGCACUUCAGGAUAUCUCUCCCCAUCUGUGUUUCAUAUGCCUUCUGCAUUUAGCCAAUGAGCAUGGAUUGAACAUCCAUGGCUGCACCAACUUGAAUGAUCUUAGCAUACACUUACCACCCAACUGAGAUGUGCUUUCGAGUGCAGUGAUUUAAAUCUCCAUUUUAUUGUUUUUUGUUUACUUCUGUUAUGCAUAGCAUAGCUCGUGCUUGAUGUGUUAACUAAUCUGUGGAAUGAUUCUCAAGUUGGAGCAAACGAACAAGACUGUAAAAAAAUGUCAUUUAUGUUGUAUUCUGUCAACAAUAUUGUCUAAAUCAUGUGCAGAUUUUGUUGACAAGCAUUUUUGUCUCUUCAUACUCUCUUUACAGCUAGAAAUCAGAAUUAGUUAUUGAGCAUUUA